UGCUCGCGGCUUCUGUAAGAGGAGCAGGGACACUUGCUGCGGACAGAGGAGACAGAGACAGGAGACGCUGCUUCGGACCAACACAACAGAUCACUUUCACUCGACCCACAACGUCGCAACAUGUCUUCAAAGUGCCCCAAGUGUGACAAGACGGUGUAUUUCGCUGAAAAGGUGUCAUCGCUGGGGAAGGACUGGCACAAGCUGUGUCUGAAGUGCGACCGCUGCAACAAGCUCCUGAACGCCGGAGGCCAUGCUGAGCACGAUGGACGACCCUACUGCCACAAACCGUGCUAUGCUGCCCUCUUUGGGCCAAAAGGUGUGAACAUCGGUGGCGCCGGCUCUUAUGUGUACGAUGCUCCAGCCAACAACAACGCUCCCACUACUGUGGAUUCGGUCCCCAGAGCCGAGGAGAAGCGAGUGUUUGCACCAAAGGCAGCUUCGAAGGCUGCUGGCGGCAUCACCACCUUCUCUGGAGAGGCCAACUUGUGUCCCCGAUGCAACAAGAAGGUGUAUUUCGCCGAGAAGGUGACUUCACUUGGUAAAGACUGGCAUCGACCCUGUCUGCGCUGUGAGAGGUGCAGCAAGACUUUGACUCCUGGCAGCCACGCAGAGCACGACAGCCAGCCCUACUGCCACAAACCGUGCUACGCCGUCCUCUUCGGGCCCAAAGGCGUGAACACUGGUGGUGUUGGCAGCUACAUCUAUGAAAAGGAGCCCAGUGCAGUGACCCAGCCUUGAACCUUGUGUCCCCCCCAGCUUCAUCCCUCUUCUCUUCACAGCGCCAACCAUCAACCACAGUAUUAUUCAUGGGCCGUUCUUCUUCCUCCCACCUGUGCGCUCAUACCCGAGAAAACCACAUCCUUUUUCUCCUGUAACCCGCUCACAGCUGAUUUAGCACCACGAGGAAUGAUUGAUACAUGUAUUUGUUCCAAGAGAGCCACAGCCAGCAUUCCCACAGGUUGUUACAAACAAUUAAAAACAUUUUAUUUUUCUUUCUCCAUGUUAACACAUUUCUAAAUGUUGUCACAGUUGAAUAGAAAGGUCUUGUAUAUCAAUUUUGAACCCAGGAACCGUACGACGGACUGUCUGUUUUAGGAAGACGUAUGUUUUGUUUAACAUAAAUGUGAUCAGAAUGAUUGUCGAGUUCGGUACGGUGCGUUGUUGGUUGACGUGCGUUGUGGGUUGAGGUGCAGCCACAGCCAUAGGAAUUUCCAUGAUGCUGCUUCAGGCACAGGUGGUGCUUAGGAGCAUGGUGCCAUACAUCUGUAUUUUGUAAAUGCCAUAUUUACAUUUUGGCUGCUUGACAACAUUCCAAAUGUAAAAUCAAACAAAACAAACGUUCCAACAGAUUUGAAAGAGAUGGAAAAAGAUUUUCAACCCAACCGUAAACCUGUACCAUGAAUUUAUUUGACUUCUGAGAAUAUGUAACCUGUUUAAUUUUUAAACCAAGAUCAACUGCUAGUUAUAUUUUCAAAGUGGGACAGAAUGUGGGUGACGUUGUGCUUCGCCAGAACAGAAAUGCGUAUUUAUACCUUUAAUUCAAGCCCUUAAGUUAAAUAGCUGUCGUACUACUACCCUCUCUGUGAUUAUGAAGGAGGUCAAACGAGGAGACGUAAGCUGCAUAAACUUUACGAUCUAGACUUUUAUUGUUAAUUUCAAAUAAGUAACACUGCUGUUAUUUUUUGAAAGAUGACGCACUAUUUGAAUUAUUAUUUUUUGUUGUUGACAUUAGCAGGAACACCUGCUUAGCUUGUAGAAACACUGCAGACAAGUCAUUCUGUAAGAAUGUGCCUCCUAGUUUUAUUGUUACUGUGUUUACCUGUAGUCGGGCUCCGUAGACACUGCAGGGCCCGAAAUACUGCGUCCCUCUUUUUAAUCCCAUGAAUAAAACCAAACUCUAGAUCUGU